CUCUCACCUGUUUGUUAACGUUCUUGUCGUUAUUGGCAGUUUGGCACCAACCCUCCCGUGUUUAUUCUAAUUUUGGUGCUCACCGGCCUGCAAAUUUUGUUUCUACUCCCUCACCUUUCUGAAAUCCGAAUCUUUCUUUCUCUAAUGGCGUCUUCUUCUUCUCCUACUACUUGUAUAUACCUGAUCACACACACUCCUCCCAAGGUUCAAUUCAAUGGCUUCCGCCAUGACUGCUUACAUCGCCGUGGUGCUGACAACCAUCAUCCUUCUCUUUACUGUCACUCACUCAUCGACCCUUGGAGUUGAAUACGUGUCUCGUCUUCUUCAAGUUCAGGAUCGAGAGAGAGCCCCGUCGUCUGUACAAAUUUCUGCUGCUAGAGCGGUGCUUGAUCGCCUCAUUCCUUCCCAUUCACCUAGUUUCGACUUUCAGAUCAUCACUAAGGAGCAUUGUGGUGGAGUAUCCUGCUUUUCAAUAAGCAAUCAUCCUUCUUCAAAUGUGCAGGGUGCCCCUGAAAUCCUAAUACGUGGUGUGACUGGAGUGGAACUACUUUCUGGUGUUCAUUGGUACUUGAAAAACUUGUGUGGGGCCCAUAUUUCAUGGGACAAAACUGGUGGUUCACAACUAUCUUCAGUGCCUAAACCAGGAUCUCUUCCCCGAAUGCAAGAUGAUGGACUUCUGAUACAAAGACCCGUUCCUUGGAAUUACUACCAGAAUGCUGUCACAUCUAGCUAUACAUUUGCUUGGUGGGACUGGAAGAGAUGGGAAAAGGAGAUUGACUGGAUGGCUCUUCAAGGCAUCAAUAUGCCUCUAGCAUUUACUGGCCAAGAAGCUAUUUGGCAAAAAGUAUUUCAGCAGAAGUUUAAUAUUAGCAGUUCAGAUUUGGAUGAUUUUUUUGGAGGGCCCGCAUUUCUUGCUUGGUCACGCAUGGCUAACUUGCACGGAUGGGGUGGCCCACUGCCUCAAAGCUGGCUAGAUCAACAACUUGUAAUGCAAAAGAAAAUUUUAGCAAGAAUGUAUGAGCUAGGAAUGACUCCAGUCCUACCAGCUUUCUCAGGAAACGUACCUGCAGCUUUGAAAAAUGUGUAUCCAUCAGCAAAGAUAACACGUUUAGGGAAUUGGUUUACAGUUGACAGCAACCCUAAAUGGUGUUGUACAUAUCUUCUUGAUGCAACUGAUCCUUUAUUUAUCGAGAUUGGAAAAGCAUUCAUAAGUCAACAAGUCAAAGAGUAUGGACGAAGCAGCCACAUAUACAACUGUGAUACAUUUGAUGAAAACACACCACCAACAGAUGACCCAAAUUACAUUUCUUCUCUAGCUGCUGCAAUCUUUAAGGGAAUGCAAAGUGGUGAUGAUGAAGCUGUUUGGUUAAUGCAGGGAUGGCUUUUUGCAUAUGAUCCAUACUGGAGACCUCCACAGAUGCAAGCACUUCUACAUGCAGUUCCCAUUGGAAAAAUGAUUGUCCUUGACCUUUUUGCUGAAGUCAAACCUAUCUGGACUAGUUCAGAUCAGUUCUAUGGUGUCCCUUAUAUCUGGUGCAUGCUGCAUAAUUUUGCAGGAAAUGUUGAGAUGUAUGGUGUUCUAGAUUCUCUAGGAUCUGGACCUGUUGAUGCUCGUAUUAGCAACAACUCAACAAUGGUUGGUGUUGGAAUGUCAAUGGAAGGUAUUGAGCAGAAUCCUGUAGUUUAUGAUCUUAUGUCUGAAAUGGCAUUUCAACAUAAAAAAAUCAAUGUAAAGACAUGGCUUGAUUCAUAUUCAAGCAGAAGAUAUGGAAAAUUUGUUCCCUUAGUACAAGAGGCAUGGAACAUAUUAUAUCACACACUUUAUAAUUGCACAGAUGGCGCUUAUGACAAAAAUAGGGAUGUGAUAGUGGCAUUCCCAGAUGUUGAUCCAUCUUUUCUUUCUAGAAAAUCUUUUUUGAAUAAAAAAAAUCAACUAAAAGACACAGAUGAAGCUUUUGACAAACCCCAUUUAUGGUAUUCAACCUCAGAAGUUAUUCGUGCUCUACAACUUUUCAUUGAAGGUGGAAAUGAAUUAUCAGAAAGCAACACGUUUAGGUAUGACUUAGUUGACUUGACAAGACAAGCAUUGGCAAAGUAUGCAAAUGAUUUAUUUGUAGAUGUGAUUGAAGCGUAUGAGUCAAAGUAUAGUGAUGGUGUUGUUUUCCUUAGUGAGAAGUUUCUUGAGCUUGUGGAUGACAUGGACAUGUUAUUGGGUUGUCAUGAAGGGUUUUUAUUAGGACCAUGGUUGGAGAGUUCAAAGCAACUUGCAAUAAACAGGGAACAAGAGAAACAGUAUGAAUGGAAUGCAAGAACUCAAAUCACAAUGUGGUUUGACAACACGGAUAAGGAAGCUAGUCUGCUCCGUGAUUAUGGAAACAAAUAUUGGAGUGGGCUUUUACGAGACUAUUAUGGACCUCGGGCAGCCAUUUAUUUCAAAUAUUUGAAAGAAAGUUUAGCAAAAGGAAAUGGGUUUAAUUUAAAGAGUUGGAGGAAAGAAUGGAUUAAGCUUACAAAUGAGUGGCAGGAUGGUAAAUAUGUGUACCCUAUUAAAAGCGAAGGUGAUGCUCUCAACACCUCACGGUGGCUUUUUAAUAAAUACUUGCGUGAUUCGGCUAUAAUAAGUGAUCAUUAGAUUAUAUGACACUUCAAAUUUACAAUCAAAUGUCAACUUUUAUUGAAUGAAACUUGAAAUGUUUGUUAAGGUGAGCA